UCAAUGUCGAUCGAUGAAAAGUUUGAUAGUUUUGAUAAAAAUAAUUUACCUGAUGAAAAAUUUAAAUGUCUUGAUCUAAAUAAUUAUCAAGAAACAUCAUCAACUUCAUCAACUCCACUUCCACCAUCACCUGAUCAUUUACCAGGUUGUAGUCCAAGUUAUUUCACCUGUAUUUCACCAUUUAAAUUUACCGAACAACAGCCAGAUAAAAUGGAGGAUAAAAUACUUCUUGAAAAUGAAAAACAGGAAACAAAUAGUUAUCGUUUGAGUGUUAAUUUAUUACCACAAAUAAAUGAACAUAGUAAUAGUAGUCCUACAAAAUCACAAUUAAGUGAAGUUAUUAAAUCAAUUGAGACAUCAGAAAUAUUAUCAGCAUCAUCAUCAACAUCAUCAUCAACAACAUCACGUAAAUUAUUAGAUGAUACACGACAAAAUAUUGAUAUUGAAAUGUCAAUAACAGAUAUUGAAAAAAAUAUUAUUGGUGAUAGUUGUAGCUAUGUCGGUCGACAAGUUGCCUAUCAUCCAGAUAAAAAUGGUUUAAAUAAAAUUAUUGAUGAUAAUUAUUCAAAUAAAAGUCCAAAUAAACAAAGAAAAAUAUCAUCAGCAACAAUAUUUCCACUUUCAACUGGUCUUUUACCUGCCAAAGAAGCUUUUGGAACAAAAAUAACACCAGCUUUGUCAGAAGUUGAUUCAUUAGUAGAAGGAUUACCACCAGAUGAUGGUCCUUUUGACAAUGGACCAAAUAAAAAUAAUAAUAACAACAACAUUCCAAAUGGUGGUGCAGGUGGAUCAAACGAAGAUGAACUUGAUCCAGAAACUCUUUUUUUCCGUGAUGGAAGAAGACGAAUUGACAUGGUACUUGUUUAUCAAGAUGAGGAAGAAGGUGUUAUGACUGAGCUUGAAGCAAAAAAACGUGAACAACGUCGUGUAUUUCAGGAAAAUUUAUUGAAAGAAGGUCUACAAAUGGAACUUGAACUACCGGAAAAUUCAUUUGAUGGAAAAACAUAUUUUUUAAAACUUCAUAUACCAUGGAAAGUUAAAGUACAAUAUGCAGAAGUUAUGAAUUUAAAAUUAUUGACUAAAAGAUUUAUAACAAUUUCAGUUAAAGCAUGGGGUGAUGAAGUUGAAAAAAAAAAAAAACCAAUAUUAAAAAAGCUAAUGACUUGGUUUAAUUGGUUUAAAAAAAUUCACAUGUGGGAUACAAAUUUAUAUCCUGAAGAGCCAAAUUUUUAUGCAACUAGAGACUCUGAACGUGAAGAAAGAUUUUUAGUUAAAGAUAGAGAAACAGCUUAUACACCAGCACAAAGAUCUUGUAUUGUAAUGCAAAUAUUAUCAAGAUGUAGAUAUGAUGAGACACAUGAAAAAGCUGGUAUUCGUAGACUCGUUGCUGAUGGUACAUAUUUAGAUUGUUUUUCACUUCAUGAAGGUCCUUAUAAUAGACCAGCGCCUGAUGGAUCUCAUCUAGAUAGAUAUUUAUUGUAUCUCAUAUGGGCUAGACCAUCACAGUGGUACAAAAAACAACCAUUAUGGUUAAUACGUCGUUAUUUUGGUGAAAAAGUUGCACUAUAUUAUGCAUGGCUUGGUUUUUAUACGAGAUUUUUAUAUCCACCUGCUGUUGUUGGACUUUUAUGUUUUUUUUAUGGACUAACAUCAAUGGAAAGUGCUGAUAAUAUACCCAGCAGAGAAAUAUGUGAUCCUAAAAUUGCUGGAAAUAUUACAUUGUGUCCACUUUGUGAUAAAGCAUGUGCAUACAGAAGACUUGGUGACUCUUGUCUCUUUUCCAGUAUGACAUAUCUUUUUGACAAUCGUGCAACUGUUUUUUUUGCAAUUUUCAUGUCAUUUUGGGCAACAAGUUUUUUGGAAUUAUGGAAACGAAGACAAGCAAUUAUUGUUUGGGAAUGGGAUUUACAAAAUGCUGAUUAUGAUGAAGAACCACGACCAGAAUUUGAAACGUCUGUUAAAACAUUUAGAAUAAAUCCAGUUACUCGAGAAAAAGAACCUUAUAUGCCACUUUGGUCAAGAACCUGGAGAUACAUGGUCACUGGUUCACUUGUUUUUUUUAUGAUUUGUGUUGUUCUUGCUGCUGUACUUGGAACAAUAAUUUAUAGAAUUUCAUUAAUUGCUGUUGUUUACAGUGGUGGAGGAAAAAUAUUACAACGUCAUGCAAAAAUAUUUACAUCAGGUUCAGCAGCAAUAAUUAAUUUAAUAAUAAUUAUGAUAUUAACAAGAAUAUAUCAACGUUUAGCCAAGUGGAUGGUUAACAUGGAAAAUCCAAGAACUCAAACUGAAUAUGAAGAUAGUUUUACAAUUAAAAUAUUUUUUUUUGAAUUUGUUAAUUUUUAUUCAUCACUUAUUUACAUUGCAUUUUUUAAGGGAAGAUUUUAUGUUCAUCCUGGUGAUGCUGAAUCACGUGCAUCUGAAUUUUAUCGUAUUAAAACAGAUGUUUGUGAUCCAGCUGGUUGUUUAUCAGAAUUAUGUAUACAACUUGCAAUAAUAAUGAUUGGUAAACAAUUAUUUAAUAAUUUUAUGGAAAUAUUAUCACCAAAAAUGGUUAAUUGGUGGAGAAAAAGAACUCAUGUUGCUGCAACAAAAGAUCAUGAACGUCCAUACACAUACUGGGAACAAGAUUAUCAAUUACAAGAUCCAGGAAAGCUAGCACUAUUUGAUGAAUAUUUAGAAAUGAUUCUUCAGUAUGGUUUCGUAACGUUAUUUGUUGCUGCAUUUCCAUUAGCUCCAUUAUUUGCAUUAUUAAAUAAUAUUGGUGAAAUACGUUUAGAUGCAUAUAAAAUGAUAAAAGAAGCAAGAAGACCAUUAUCUGAGAGAGUUGAAGAUAUUGGUGCUUGGUAUGGUAUAUUAAAAGCUGUAACAUAUGCUGCUGUUGUAUCAAAUGCAUUUGUUAUUGCUUAUACAUCUGAUUUUAUACCAAGAUCAGUGUAUGUUAGUUUUUAUUCACCAACACGUGAUCUUGUUGGUUACAUUGAUAGUUCAUUGAGUGAAUUUAAUACAUCUGAUUAUCGUGAAGAUAUGGUUAGUAUUGCUAGUGAUUGGAAACCAAGUACAUGUCAAUACAGAGGCUAUAGAAAUGGUCCUGAUCAUAAAACUGAACCAUAUGGUUUGAGUCCACAAUAUUGGCAUAUAUUUGCUUCAAGACUUGCAUUUGUUGUUGUAUUUGAACAUUUUGUAUUUGCACUUACUGGAGUUAUGAGUUAUAUUAUACCAGAAACUCCAAGUGCUGUUACAACUCAAUUAGCUAGAGAAAAACUUCUUGCACAAGAAGCUAAAUUUGAAAAAGGUCUUAAUGGUCAUGAGGAUGAAGAUGAAAUACUUGCUGUUUUACGUGAAGCUGGAUCACAUAAUAGACCAGGAAGACGAGGAAGUUGGGCAAGAAGAUUUAGUAAAAUAAGUGAUUCUCUUGAUGCUCAUAUUGAUAUUGGUACAAGAAAACAAAGAGUCAGUGAAGCCUCAACUGUUUGGGAAACAAAUUAAUCAAUCAAAAAAAUAAUAAUUUUUUUCUUUUUUGAAUUUAAUAAUGAAUCAAUGUGUUAAUACAAAAAAAAAACUGCCUUCAAAUCAAAUUUUUAUUUUAUUUUUAUUAUUACUAAACAAAAACUUUAAAAAGAAAAUUUAUAAAAUUAAAAAAAUCAAGUUUAAAAUACUAGAAACAUUUUGAUAAAUUUAAUCAAUAUCAGUGUCAAUAACUCGAGUGUAGAAAAAAAAACAAAAUGAAUUUUAUCAAAUUAAAUAAUGUAAAAAUAUAAUUUUAGUAAUAAUCAACUCGUUAUUUACUACACAAUAUAAUUUUUUAUUUUACAAUGAUUCAUUUUAUCUAUUUUUUUUUUAUGUUCAAAUUAUUCAUUUUUUUUUUUCGCCAU